CACAAUAAUGCGUUUAGAAACCCACAGAAGCACAGUAAAGUGGAGCUCCAGACGAGAGAAUAAGGACCCUUGUCUGUACAUUAGGUGUCCAACUGCUCUUUGUUCUGUUAAUGGACGCCACAUUUACUGGAUUCUUGUCAAAUACAUUCUAGAAUUUAUUUUCAGCCUUAAUAUUGUGCUUUGGCUUCAGAUUUUUGUCGUGAAAUGGCAAUGAGAAAGAACAGACUCUUGGAGUGGCCGUUGUGCGUGUUCGUGGUUUGCGCGUUCUCAGUUUACCCUGUGGCCGGGCAGGUCCGCUACUCCAUCCCGGAGGAAAUGACCUUGGGAUCCUUUGUUGGAGAUAUAGCAAAAGAUCUGGGACUGGACCCGCAACGGCUCGUAGCCGGGAGAGCUCGGAUUUUCAGCGCGGGCGACAGUGAGUACGUAGGGCUGGACCGAGAGAAAGGACAAUUGUUGGUAAAAGAGAGAAUGGACCGGGAACAGCUAUGUGCGGAGAUGCCCGCAUGUAGCUUCAGUUUCGAUGUGAUAUUAGAGAAUCCAAUGGAACUGUUUCGAGUUACAGUUGAAGUACUAGAUAUCAACGAUAAUAGCCCCGUCUUUCCGAAGAGAGAAAUUGAAUUGGAAAUCAGCGAGUUAGCCGUACCUGGUGCUCGUUUCUCUAUCGAAAACGCGGUAGACCAAGACGUGGGCGAAAAUGCACUUCAGAAAUACAUGUUAAACCCCACAGACCAUUUUAAUCUUAAUGUUCAAGGUAGCAUAGAUGACCGUAAACACAUAGAGAUGGUACUUCAAAAACCUCUGGACAGAGAAAAGACAAAGCAUCACUAUUUGACUUUAACUGCUGUCGAUGGUGGAGACCCUCAGCGGUCUGGAACAGUUCAAAUUCACAUCGUCGUUCUCGAUGCAAAUGAUAAUGCCCCGGCAUUUAGCCAAGCUACAUAUAAAGCAUUUGUUCCAGAAAAUGCAGCGAAAGGCACAUUGAUUACCACAGUAAGUGCAACAGAUGCAGACGAGGGAUCUAGCAUCAAUAUAGAGUAUUAUUUUGAGCAUGCCACCAAAAGUAUUCAAGAGCUAUUCACAAUCGACCCGAUUUCAGGCGAGGUAAAAGUAGUAGGGGAUAUAGAUUAUGAAAAGAACAAACAAUUUCAAAUAAAGGUAAAAGCCAAAGAUCAUGGUGGCUUAACAGACUCAUGUAGCGUCGUUAUUGAUGUUAUUGAUAUUAAUGAUAACAUCCCGAAAAUAACCGUCAUGUCAUUUUCUAGUGCCCUACCCGAGGACUCGGUCCCUGGCACUAUUAUAGCCAUGAUUAACAUCCAGGAUCUUGAUUCCGCGGAAAAUGCAGAGAUAACAUGUUCCAUUCAUAACAACCUUCCUUUCAAGAUGGAAUCAUCUUUAUCAAAUUAUUACAAUCUGGUGACAGAAUCUGUAUUGGACAGAGAGCAAACAGCAGAGUAUAAUAUAACAAUCACGGCAGUAGAUGGAGGCAGUCCGCCGCUCUCAAGUAAAAAGACACUCAGUUUAAAGAUAUCGGAUGUGAACGACCAUUCACCCCAAUUCCCCCAAGAAAGCUAUGAUGCCUAUGUGUUUGAAAACAAUGUCCCUUCCCGGUCUUUCUUUUCUGUGAGCGCUACAGAUGCAGACCGGGGAUCAAAUGCUAGGGUAUCAUAUUUCCUUGAGGAUGGAAGUUUAAACGGGGCUCCACUCUCCGCAUAUUUGACAGUAAAUUCCGACAGUGGGGUCCUUUACGCGGUGAAGCCCUUUGAUUAUGAGCAAAUCAAAUCUUUCAAAAUCAAUGUCAAAGCACAAGAUGGAGGCUCACCCCCAUUGAGUGGCAAUGUGACUAUAAACAUAUUCAUAAAAGAUGAGAACGACAAUGUGCCUCAGGUUCUCUACCCAGUGCAGACGAGUGGCUCUCUGGUGGCUGAAAUGGUGCCUCGUUCAGCAGAUGUGGGCUAUCUUGUCACUAAAGUGGUGGCUGUUGAUGUGGACUCUGGACAAAAUGCAUGGCUCUCGUAUAAACUGAAGAAAACGACAGACAGAGCGCUGUUUGAAAUAGGCCUACAGAAUGGAGAAAUAAGAACCAUACGCCAGGUCACUGAUAAAGAUGCAGUGAAACAAAAGCUCACUGUUGUAGUGGAAGACAACGGGCAGCCCUCUCGAUCAGCUACAGUCAAUGUGAACGUGGCGGUGGCGGACAGCUUCCCUGAAGUACUCUCAGAAUUCAUUGACAUCACAGUGGACAGGGAAUAUGACAACAACCUGACUUUUUAUCUGGUGUUGGCCUUGGCUGGGGUCUCGGUUCUGUUCAUAUUCUCCAUCAUUGCCAUUGUCACAGUAAAAAUCUACAGAUGGAGACAGAAUCGAUUAUUCUAUAAAUCUGCAGCAAACCUCCCAGUUAUCCCAUUUUACCCUCCCGUUUACCCAGACGGAACCCUGGGAACCCUACAGCGUGUAUACAACUAUGAGGUGUGUGGAACCACUGACUCUAGGAUGAGUAAUGUGAAGUUUGCGAGGCCUUAUAGCCAGAACACACUGGUGGAUGUGAGUUGCAUGGGGACAAUGCAGAGAGAAAAUAGAGAGCAGGAGGAUGCUGAUGUUGAUGGAGAGCAAAAUCCACCCAACAAUGACUGGCGCUUAAACCAGCAGGGACAGAGACCUGGACCCAGUGGCACAUACAGGUACAGCACCAGCACCCAGGAGAUAUGGACACCGUACGGGAAGGCGAGAGCUGGCCCCCAUCCUGAGGGGGCAGGUGGUGUCGUAGCUGGAACAGGACCCUGGCCCAACCCCCCCACCGAGGAUGAGCAGAUCCAGGCUCUGAUGUCUGCUGCCAAUGAGGUGAGCGAGGCGACGGCGACCCUUGGACCCCGCUACAACGCCCAGUUCCCCAUGCAGCAUGUGCCCGAUUACCGCCAGAACGUCUACAUCUCUGGCAGCACGGCCACCCUGACGGCCAACCCCCAGCCGAUGAUGCCCCAGCCGGCCCUGCAGGGCCCGCCACAGGCCAUGCCCCAGGUUGACGUCCCCAACGCUGCCCAGACCCCCGCCAGCAAGAAGAAGUCCACCAAGAAGGACAAGAAGUAAGCCAAGCUAACACCAAACCCAAUCGCCACGGACACCAAGACCCUUUACCCCCAUACUGCAGAGCAUACUCCCUCAAUAGAAGCCUUGAUCCUUCUUUUUCUUAUGCCAUUCUAUCUGAUAGUUCAAUCUGAUAUUCCCAGCGUUGUGGAUGUAGUGAGCUUAUGUCAAAAUGUUGGUCGUGGGCAAUUGCUGUACUUCUUACUCCUAUGGUCAUCACAGCUCUCUUCAGGCAGAGGUUACUGGUUUGUGGUGUAUGUGGGGUGGGAGGGGUGGAAGAGUGGAGAAAAGAAGAGGGCAUGAGCUGUAUUUUGGAUUCAGAUGGAUUUCAGGUACCUGGAAUUCAUAUAGUGAUCGAGCUCUGCGUUAUAGCAUUCUAAAGAAAAAAACAUCUGGUUGUUUGUUUUCAUUGAAACCUUUGAUGUUUCUCUAAAAUGCCAAGUAGUUGCUUCUUAUGGUGACAUAAAUUACGCUACCUUCUUGUUUAUUUUGAGAACUUUCUUUAGCUCUUUAAGGAAUGAAGUAGACAAGACGUGUUGCAUGAUUCAUCCUAAAGAUGAAGAACCACUGAAGAUAAGCCUACACUAACAUACAUUUGAAGAAAGAGGCUAGCUCAACUUCGUCACAAAAAUACAAAUUUCAUGUGAGAAUGCACACCGUGGCAUUAACAUUUUAAAAUGUAAGGUUCAUUGUAGUUAUGUGACUAGUAAGCAUAAGAACAGAUUCUGAUUUUGUGUUACUUAUAAUGGUGACCAUCAAAGUAUAUCCAGCUGCUUUUUAAAAUCUUGUCCAAGCAGGAUUCUGUGGUAACUUAAAUCAUUUAUCCACGAUUGUAACCUUUUUCCAUCAUUAUUGGUAGAUUCCUGUACUGCAUUCAAACUGAACUUUGUUUAAAUAAUGUAACAGUGUAAAGGUGAUGGAUCAGUGUUUUAUAAACUUAGAACCAGCAUUAUUUCGAUAUUGUAUCAGCGUUGUUGUAACGUUCUAUUAGCGUUAUGCCGAGCUUGCUCAGUGUGAUUGGCUCUGCACUGUGGCCCUCUCUAAGGCUCAUAGACAGAGUCCUGUGACCACUACCCCAGGGUUGUGGGUUACGGCUAGGGUUAGACAGAGUCCUGUGACCCCAGGUUUGGGUGUGUGGUAAAGGCAUAAGGAGGGGAAAGGGUGGACAGUCUCUGUCCUCUUGCCACAUGUACAGUAUCUCUCCGGCUAUGACAGCCUGUAAAUGUGCUCUAAUCACUUCUUCAGCCCAGACCACAGGUUCAGUACACUACAACUCCAGGCACUGUAGGACGUUCUGUAAUGGACAGUUUACAGGAGCCUCUGUAGAAGCCUUGUUGUGCGUUCAAGGCAAUAUCAGGACCAUGGACAGAGACCACCUCCCUCUCCUCUCUUAGAAGCAGUCUGGGGCACAGAGAAUGUUUUCAGCCCAUCCUUAACCCUGCCAAAUCCUCAGCUGCACUGACAUUCUGCCCCCAUGUAAAUAAGACACAGCCAAUCUGAGAGAGAGACAUCACUCUCUCACCACAGCCACACAGCUGGCUAGUACUGGAAUGUUUUGAAUAUUUUUCAGGAAAUAAAUCUGAGAAGAAAAUAGAAAAAAAGAAGUUGUUCAUAUUAAAUGUAGUGGUGUAGUGACUAAGAUUUGAGUAAACUGACUCGACCAAGAUGUAAAUAAAACUAAAACUUUCAAAAGACAGUCGUAACUAGAGGCUUGUGAAAUUUUUUCGUGCAUAUUUUUGUGUUUUCUCUCAAUCACUUUCUUUCUUUGGUCACACCAAACUUUAAAUCUUAACACACAACACCCACAUGUCUUUUAAAGUGUGAUUCCAUUUCCCUGCACCUCUUCCUGUGUUUGUGAUUUUGAUCAAUUGUUUAUGCUACUGGAAUGCCACCCUUGCUCAUACGAAUAUAAAUAUGUGUCUUCUAAUCCUCUUUAUUCUCUUGUAUUAUCUUCCGGAUUAAAAUGCUUAGCGCUUCUCCCUGUUACACUUAUUUUAUAUGCUAAAAUGUAUAUCGCUGUUUAUUUCUUUAUGGUUUUUGUUUAUUCUCUGCUCACUGACAUUUCCAAAUAAAAAUCUCUUUUGAAAUGAUG